AUGGUGCUCAUAACAGAUGUACAUCAAUCAACAUUUCCAUACAUUGGUAACGAUGGAAAUAAUUGCAAUCUUGGUCCAGACAAAACAAAUAGACAAGCCAAAAAAUAUAAAAAAGAUUGGGUGGAUACUGACCAUUUAGAGAUUAAAAAAAUGUUGGCCAUAGUGAUGUAUACAGAACUAGUCCCUUAUCCAAAAUUAAGUGAUUACUGGUGUCGAAAAUUGCUAUAUAAAAACUCAUAUGUUCCUUUACUUAUACCGCGAAAUAGGUUUCAACUUUUACUACGAUUCUUUCAUUUAGCUAAUAAUGAUGACAUUUUAGAUCAUGAUAGAUUAGGAAAAAUUCAACCUUUAAUAGAUAUGUUAGUAAAAACAUACAAUGAUGCUAAGAUUCCUGGUGAGAAUGUGGUUAUUGAUGAAUCAAUGAUUCCUUUUCGAGGCAGAUUGAUUUUCCGACAGUACUUGCCCAAUAAAUCAUCUAAGUAUGGAAUAAAAUUAUACAAACUAUGUGACUCUAUAGGAUAUACAUAUAAAAUAAUUAUAUAUAGUGGAAAAGAUUCUAAUAUAUCUCUUCAGACAGACUUUCCUGUUGCAAGAAACGUUGUUAUGAAGUUAAUGGAGGGAUAUUUAAAUGAAGGCAGGACAUUAAUAAUUGAUAAUUUUUAUACUAGCAUAAUAUUGGCACACACAUUACUUCAAAACAAAAUUCAUAUGGUAGGUACACUACGGAAAAAUGUCAGAGAAUUGCCAAAAGACGUGCUCAAUGCAAAAAUAAAAAGAGGGGAAAUAAAAGGGAAAGCAAAUAGCGAUAGUGUUGUAGCGUGUAUAUGGAAGGAUAAAAGAGAUGUGAGGAUGAUUUCUACUAAACAUGGUAUUAAUAUAUUGGAAACAGGGAAAAAAUAG